AUGAGUUUCUUUAGCCAAUCUUCCAAACAAGGCUCUUGCUCCCGCAGCAACAGAGGAGUGGUAAGAACGUCAGGCAGUGGAACAUGCAGCUUAAGUGGGAGUUCUGGUGGCAGAGUCUUUGGUGGGAACUCCAGCAGUGGUGGUGGUGCAUGGGGCUCUGGCACAGGCAAUGUCCACAGGACAUCUGGAGGUCAAGGAAGAUGGAGAUCUAGCGGCACAGCAUGCAGUGCUGGUGGGUCCUGGGGAUCAAGUGCUGGAUGGGAAGUGUCUGGAUGUGGCUCAGCUGGAGGCUUUAACGGAUUUGGUGGUGGAGAGAGCGGCCUUCUUUCUGGUGAUGAAAAGCAAACCAUGCAAAACCUUAAUGACCGCUUGGCAGCCUACCUUGGCAAAGUGCAUGCUCUAGAGGAGGCUAACACUGACCUCGAGGAGAAAAUUGCAGAGUGGUACAAGAAGAUGGGACAAGGAACCAGCAAUGGAGGGUCACGUGAUUACAGCAAAUAUUAUGCCAUCAUUGAGGACCUCCGGAAACAGAUAAUUACUGCAGUCACAGACAAUGGAAAAGUCAUUUUGCAGAUUGACAAUGCCAGGCUGGCUGGUGCCGAUUUCCAAGUCAAGUACGACAAUGAAGUGUCUCUCCGCCAGAGUGUUGAAGCUGACAUUAAUGGCCUGCGUAGAGUCCUCGAUGAAAUGACCAUGACUAGGAGUGAUCUUGAAAUGCAGAUUGAAAACCUGACAGAGGAGUUGCACUAUAUUAAGAAGAAUCAUGAGGAGGAUGUGGAUUCUGCGGUGGAUUCUACUGCUGGAGACAUAGAUGUAAAGAUCAAUGCUGCACCUGGAGUCAACCUGACCACUCUUCUCAACAAGAUGAGAGCUGAAUAUGAGGCCAUUGCUGAAGAGAACAGAAAAGACAUUGAAACGUGGUUCAUCGAACAGAGUCAAGAACUGAACAAGCAGAUCAGCAGUAGCACUGAAGAGACCAGCACAAACAAGAGCGAGAUUAUGGAACUGAGACGCAGUUUGCAAAACCUGGAAAUCGAACUGCAAUCGCAAUUAUCUCUGAAACAAUCUCUUGAGGCCACCCUAACAGAGGUCGAAGGUCAAUACUGUGCCCAGCUUUCUCAAAUACAAAGAGCAAUAAGCAGUGUGGAGGACCAAGUGCAGCAGAUCAGAGAUGAUACAGAGAGCCAGAACAGGGAAUAUCAGCAGCUUCUAGAUAUCAAGAUCCGCCUGGAGAGCGAGAUUGAAACUUACCACAGCCUGAUGGAUGGGGAAGAGAGAAUGUCUUCAACAUUAGGAGCUACAGAUUCAAGAUCCAGGGCUUUGGGAGCUACAGAUGGAAGAUCCAGAGGUUUGGGUUCUUCUGUCUCCCCAUCUAGGAAUUCUGGAUCUGCAGAUUCGAGGUCUAGAGGCCAAGAAUCCCAAGUCUCCAGCUAUGGAGAGUCCAGAUCCAGAAUUUCAGGAUCUGCAGGCACAAGAUCUAGUGGUAGAAGUUCUGAUGACUCAGGAUCAAGAAGCGGAAGCACUUCCAGAGAUUCACAAAAAACAAGAGUGAUCAAGACAAUUGUGGAAGACAGAAUUGGUGACCAAGUUAUCUCUUCGCAUGUCCAGUCUGUAGAAGAAAAACCAAUAAAAUAA